AAAUACGUAGAUUUACGGAGGCAGCGGAAGUGUUCGGAGUGGCGAGCAUGCAACAGAAACCAUCGAAAUAUGGCGUAAAAAGGGGACUUUAAGGAAACGUGUAAGGUUUUUUUCUUGUUUUUGGUAAAUGCUAAAGGAAUGUGUAAAGUGUGUGAAGAACGUUCGUUGCGCGGAUGAGGACGCGGUGCGGUUCGUCAUCAACAUCAGGUCGUUUGGAUGCGACACGCGAACAGCGCCAGCAGCAGUGCCGCUUUCAAGAUGGUGGCUGUAUUUUGAAGACCCCUUUGUGUCCCGUAUGUCAGCAUGAAACUUGGUGAGAUCGCCGGAGACUGGAGGUUCGACAGCGGUUUCGUUGCAGGAAACGCCACGUGACAUGUUCAUCACGUCCCAGCAGCUGGCGACAAGUAGCGGGAACGUAUCAAAGCGCAGAAGACAAGAACAGUACGUUAGCGGUCACGAGGGUACAGGCGACGCGCACCAUCAUCAUCAACAACAACACCACCAACAGCAGCAACAACACGGCCACGGCAUUCAUAAUCACGGCGGUAGCGUGAUCCACGUUGGUGGCUCCGGCGCCUCAGACCAAUUUUUGGCGACGCAGCAUCAGCAACAGUUACAUCAUCAUCAGCAACAACCGCAACAUCAACCAAAUCCUCUUCAAACGAGCGUUGCGGUCUCGUCUGUGCAUACUUCCAGCCAGACGGACACGAACGGACAUGCUGUUGGUAGCCCUGCUAACAAUUCAAAAACGUUUGUCAGGGCAUCCACUAUAAAGUUGCUUGAUAAUUAUCAGCGAAGCGGCCAAAAGCGCAAGGCUUGGUCGCAGGAAGGUAAUGGUGAAGGCGGGGAGGCGAUCUCGCAGACAGAUACCAACACCGCAACCACCACGACGGCUCACAGCAAGGUUGGGGUGGCCCCCGGGCCCAGCACCCAGGCCCAAGAAUGGGCGGAUGCUGAGAAUGAAGGGGUGUUUGAUGAAGCAGGCUCUGGAAGCGGCGCGGAUGGCGACUAUCAGCUCGUUCAGCACGAGGUGCUCUUCUCGCUGACGACGCAGUACGAGGUGCUCGAGUUCCUCGGCAGGGGCACCUUCGGCCAGGUGGUCAAGUGCUGGAAGAAGGGCACUAAUGAAAUCGUCGCAAUCAAAAUAUUAAAGAAUCAUCCGUCGUAUGCCCGACAGGGUCAAAUAGAAGUAAGCAUCCUAUCGAGACUGAGCCAAGAAAAUGCCGACGAAUUUAACUUUGUCCGUGCUUUUGAAUGCUUCCAACACAAGAACCACACGUGUCUUGUGUUCGAGAUGUUGGAGCAAAAUCUCUAUGACUUCCUCAAACAAAACAAAUUCAGUCCCCUUUCCCUUAAAUACAUUAGACCCAUUUUACAACAGGUCUUGACAGCGUUGCUAAAACUAAAGCAACUUGGUCUUAUACACGCGGAUUUAAAACCAGAAAACAUCAUGUUGGUCGAUCCAAGUCGUCAACCAUACCGCGUUAAAGUUAUUGAUUUCGGCAGCGCCAGCCAUGUCAGUAAAGCCGUGUGCAAUACAUACUUGCAAAGUCGUUAUUAUCGCGCACCGGAAAUUAUUCUCGGGUUGCCGUUUUGCGAGGCUAUCGACAUGUGGUCGCUUGGUUGCGUCGUUGCCGAAUUAUUCCUUGGUUGGCCGCUUUAUCCAGGAUCGUCGGAAUUCGAUCAAAUUCGUUACAUUAGCCAGACGCAGGGCCUUCCGACCGAGCACAUGCUGAAUAACGCGUCGAAGACAACCAAAUUCUUCUAUCGCGAUAUGGACAGCACGUACCCUUUUUGGAGGCUCAAGACGCCUGAAGAACACGAAGCUGAAACGGGAAUUAAAUCGAAGGAAGCUCGCAAAUAUAUCUUUAAUUGUCUUGAUGAUAUUGGACAAGUUAAUGUACCCACUGAUUUGGAAGGAGGUCAAUUAUUGGCUGAGAAAGUUGAUCGAAAGGAAUUUAUCGAUUUGUUGAAGAGAAUGUUAACGAUGGAUCAAGAGAGAAGGACAACUCCAGGUGAAGCUUUAAAUCAUCCAUUUGUGAGGUUAGCGCAUUUAGUGGAUUACGCGCAUUGUAAUAACGUAAAAGCCAGCGUUCAAAUGAUGGAGGUUUGUAGAAGAAAUGAUUAUAGUACAGCAGCUACAGCCACACAUCAUCAACCCGCUCAACAAACUCAAUCUCUCGUUGCUAAUUUCGUACCCAGCUCGAACGGAAAUGUCACAUUUACUAUUAAUAAUCAUCAAGUGCAGAGACUUGUACGCGAUCGUAGUGGAUAUGAUAACUUGUACCAAAUUUAUGGAAGAAAUGUUGGACGACAAUAUGCAACAAGCAGCAGGGCUGAUCCUUUCCAACAUCAAUUAGUUUCGAGUAUUUUAUGUCCUGCUAGUUAUCCAGGAAUGGGCGGAUCUCCAGCGAAACACGUCACGGUCGUUCAGCAACCCCAACUUCAAAUACAACCCCCAAUACUAAGCCAACCUGCCCAACAGCAAUAUGUACCAGUUAGCGUCGUUGAACCAACAGGAAGACAAAUGCUUCUAACUAACGCUGUACAAACAUCAUGGCCUGCAAACCGCCAAAUGGCAAUAGUCCCAUCAUGGCAACAAAUCCCAGCUCAACAUGCAGCCAUACAACAACCACUUUUAUCUGACACUGCUGAUUGGGGAAGACCGCUUUUAGUUGAUUCAUCAGCUAUUUUACAAGAUCAACGACCAGUAUUUCCGGUGGAUGUGGCGGCCGAAGUUUAUAAUCCGGCAAUUGUAGAGCAUACGGGUGCUACAUGGGCGAGUAGCAAACGUACCUCGAAGAAUCACCACAUGCAACAGGCAUCAGCGCCGCACCACGGUCAUCAUUUAAUGGUACCAACUCAUCACCGCGUCCAACACGACAAAAAGGAACAGACACAACUUAGCCCGGUGAAGAAGCGUGUUAAGGAAAGUACGCCGCCCUCAGAAUUGCUCAAUGGGUACUCAAACGUUCGAAGGAAUUACAGUCCUGGUCAUCAAGGGCAUUGGCAACAACAUAAUCAACAUCCGCAACCCAAACAAUCCAGCAAUCAUCCUCAUCCAAAUAAAUUCGUGGCCGCCGCAAUAACCAUUAACGACACUCCUUCACCGGCCGUUUCCGUGAUCACCAUUUCUGACAGUGAGGACGAGACUUCUGUGCCGAAAAAGUCGGUAGUUUCAUCCACACACCAUAAUAGUGGUCAUAGAAACCAGGCUAAUGGUAACAAUAACAAUACAACUCAUCAGGCGCAACCGGGAACUAGUGGUGCUCACAGAAAGAACGUCAUCAGUUGCGUGAGUGUUGGUGAUAGUGAUAACGAAGAUCAUAAAAGUCCGACGAAAAUGCAGGAGCAAAUUCAAGCGUAUCAACAGCAAGUUAUUAAAAAUGAACCGUCCCAACAUCAUCAACCAGCUCCGCCAACAAAUUACGGUGCGCAAUCGAGAAAAACACGUCUUCUAGCCAAAGCACAAUCAGAAUGCAUGUUGGGUAACGUUCAAACGAAACAAGAACCGGGAGUUGAAUACCAUCAGCAUCAUCGCCAAAAUGAAUACAUGGUCCAACAGCAACAACAACCCGCACCACAACAAAUACAACAACAACAUUGCAACGCAGUCUGCAAGGAGCAGGUACAAAAUUAUCAAUACGCGAAUCCUUCAUCGGGACAUUUAAAUAAUCAAGAACAAAUCGUGUAUCCAACGGGAAAUGAUAAAAGGGUUUCUUGGGCACCUCCGGCUGCUCACGCUCCAAGUUCAUCGCACGGAAAUAGCAGGAGACAUUCGGCGAUGCCCGUGGUUAAUUUAAGAGAUUAUAACGUGACGUCGAAUAAAGAGUAUGCCAUUCAACCGCCAGCCGCGCAUUCUACGCGGGAUAGUUUAUCAAUGGGUACUAGGGAACAACAUUUAUUGGCGCCAACGAAAAAUUGGGGGCCGCCACAAGCUAUGCAUCAUCAAUCUUAUAGACACAGCAGCACGCACCUGUCGCCUCAGCCGCUGACCGGUGCGCCGAGGCUGUCCCCUCAGCAUCCUUUAGCGGCCGCCGGGCAGCCGCUGUACCACCAGACCGAGUUGUAUAGAAGACCGGCCGUUUAUGUGACCACUACGCAACCGGCUUAUAUACCAACAACUCAUCAGGUGGCUCCAGCUGGUAGGCCCUUACCUCCUCCUCCAGCGCAUCACGCAAGUGCAAGACCAGUUCUUGCGAGUCAUCCAAGUCACCCAUUGCCUGCGCACCUCCAAUUUCCGUCGCACGCGCAAGUGGCUUCCUACGGGUUCGCUCCAUUGAGUCCCGCAAAAAAUCACCAGUAUCAAAGCUUGUGGUUUGCUGAGUGAAGUGAGUAAAGACAAGAAUAAAGAAGAUAAGAAA